UUCUUCUUCUUCUUCAUCACAGAGACGUUAAUGGCGACUUCCUUCUCACUCACGAGCUUCAUCUCCUUAAUCUCCCCUUUCAAAUCCCAAACCAAACCAACUCCACCACCUCCAAAUCUCACUCUCCCAACUCCAACACUCUCCCACAAACAAAGAAACAAUCUCUCCAUCGACGAUCCUCCUCCUUCUUCCAACAACGCCUCCGUGAUAUGCCCUUCCCUCGCUUACGCCAACACGCUCUUCUUCAGCAGCUCGGGGUACAACGUCCAGGUCUUCGUGGAAGAUAACGAGUCGGAGGAGAGGCUGGUGAAUCGGUUUAGGAGGGAAGUGAUGAGGACGGGAGUGAUUCAGGAGUGUAAGAGGAGGAGGUACUUUGAGAAUAAACAGGAUGAGAAGAAGAGAAGGACUCGUGAUGCUGCUAAGCGUAAUAAGAAAAGGCGUCCGUUUCAAGCAAGGUUUCAAGAGGGUAGAGAAGAGGCAGCAGCAGCAGCAGCAACGAAGAGUAAGAAGAAGGAUGAGGAAGAAGAUAACUGGGAGAUGCCUGAUGGUGAUGUUCCUUCUUGAACACGGUUUUGAGUAAAUACAUAUCUUCCAUCCGUUUUGGGUUACUUUUAUCUCCUUUGAUUGAUUACUAGGUACAUUGUAUGUUCAAAUGCGAGAGUUCGAUUCUUGUCAAAUGUUAAAGACUUCUUUUUGUGAUGACUAAAAAUUUUCAUUCCAUUUGGUUUCUCUAAUGGAAGAUGAAUCAUGGAUGCA